UUGAGAUCACGUCACCGUGUAACUGGUGCACGAGUGUCCAAUGAGGGUCUCUUAUGAUGCGGAGUCAUGGCGCUGACAUGAGCGAAGAAAAAACGGACACUCUAGCAAAGUUACAACGAUACAUAGAGAUAUAGCACAAAUUUGACACAUCUGUCAAACUAUCUGAGGCGAAGAGCAACCGAAAUUGGGUUUGGGUUUCGGAUUGGAUGAAUCCAGUGUUCUGACUGAACACACACCAAGAGAAAUACUGUAAGCUAUAAGGAACCGCUAUGGAGAAACCAGUUUUACAAACGCAGCCCUCUAUGCUGCCCUUCUUUGACACGGCCCACGCCAUUAACUUGCUCCGAGGCAUCCACGAGCUACGCGCAGAGCGUAAGUUCUUCGACGUCACAUUGUGUGCUGAAGGCAAAGAGUUCCAGUGCCAUCGAACUGUGCUGGCAGCUGCGAGCACAUACUUCCGUGCCAUGUUUGCCGGUACUCUGAGAGAGAGCGUCAUGGACCGUGUGGUGCUACACGAAGUAUCAGCUGAACUGUUGGGCCUCCUGGUUGACUUUUGCUACACAGGUCGCGUGAACGUCACACAUGACAAUGUGGACCUUCUGCUCAAGACGGCGGACCUCUUUCAGUUCCCUUCCGUCAAAGAAGCGUGCUGUGCGUUCCUGGAGCAGAGACUUGAUGUUUCCAACUGCUUGGAGAUCCAGGACUUUGCAGAGGCUUAUGCCUGCCGUGAGCUAGCAUCUAGCGCCCGCCGUUUUGUGCUGAAGAACAUUGUGGAGCUGGCGAAAAGCAUGGACUUUGAGCGAUUGUCGUGGAAGCGACUACUGGAGUUUGUGUCUGAUGACGGACUGUGUGUGGAUAAGGAAGAAACCGCACACCAGAUUGCCGUACGCUGGGUCAAAGCCGACUUGCAGCACCGGUUGCAUUACUGGCCUGAGUUGUUGCAGCAAGUACGUCUGCCGUUUGUUCGCCGUUUCUACCUUCUGGCCCACGUUGAGAGUGAUCCGCUGGUCUACUUGUCACCGGCCUGUUUACGGUUAGUCAGUGAGGCACGCAGCUUUCAGUCCUUUGAAUACGACCGCCAUGACCGACCUGGUCAUCGAAUGCGCCCACGUCCAUCCACCGGCCUGGCCGAAAUUCUGGUGGUGGUGGGAGGAUGUGAUCAAGAGUGUGAUGAGCUUGUUACGGUGGAUUGUUACAACCCACAGACCGGACAGUGGAGAUACUUAGCAGAAUUCCCAGACCACCUUGGAGGUGGCUACAGCGUAGCUGCCCUGGGCAACGACAUUUACGUGACAGGUGGCUCGGAUGGAUCACGUCUCUAUGAUUGCGUUUGGCGAUACAACUCCAGUGUGAACGAGUGGACUGAGGUCUCCCCCAUGCUGAAAGCCAGAGAGUACCACAGCUCCUGCGUCAUGAAGAGUCAACUCUAUGUGGUAGCUUCUGACAGCACAGAGCGCUAUGACCAUACCCUAGACUGCUGGGAGGCUCUUCCACCCAUGCUGCAUCCCAUGGAUAACUGUUCAACUACAGCAUGUAGGGGACGGCUCUACGCCAUUGGAUCCUUAACCGGAGAGGACACAAUGGCAAUACAGUGCUACGAUCCUGAAAGCAACCGCUGGUCACUAAUCAACGGUGGAGAACUGCCUCCGUGGUCCUUUGCCCCCAAAUCAGUGACUCUAAAUGGCUUGAUCUACUUUGUAAGGGAUGAUUCGGCAGAAGUUGAUGUCUACAACCCACAGAAACACGAAUGGGACAAGAUUAGUCCCAUGGCACAAGUUCAUGUUGGAGGCAGUGUAGCAGUUUUGGGGGGUCGACUCUUUGUGUCCGGUGGCUAUGACAACACCUUUGAGCUAUCUGACGUGGUUGAGGUCUACGACCCCUCUACUCGAUCUUGGACGCCAGCUGGCCGGCUCCCCCAGCCCACUUUCUGGCAUGGAAGUGUUAGCAUAUUCCGACAGUUCAUGCCCCUUGUUCCAAGCACCUUCGAACCCAUUGACGUACCCGAGGCCAACGCCAUCCACCUCCACAGACACCACCGCCACCAGGCACUUUACAACCACAACAACAAUGUUAAUCAGAACCACAACCAAGAUGUCAAUCAAGUGCAUUGAGAACUUUUCGAAACAUUAAACUGAAGGUCAUUCAAUGUGACAUCGCUACUAAGUGUUUUGCACUUUAUCACAUAUUCACCUCAACUGGGCAGUAAAGGGAGCUGGUGAAUGGACAGUCAAUGUUUGCGUUAUUUCUCCAAGUAACCCAGUGUUGCUACAGCUUUAAUUGUUGCAUGCAUUUCUAAUGCUGGCUGUGUUUACCUUGAACAGAGACUUAAGUGAAGUGACUCAUGAAAUAGUGCCUAUCGUGUUUGGCCAAUUUCAAGCAAUCCAUGCCUUUGAAAUUGCAUGGCGGUUACACUCAUUAUUCUGCUCUUAUUUAUUUUAUAAUUCAGCAUGGACCUAAAGUUAUUCGCAACAUUGGAACUUCAAACCCCCAAAAUAUAACAUAAUAUAAUAUAUCAUUACAUAAUGAGAAGUCCAAAAAUAAUUUUGAGACCCCCAAGCAUUCCAAUAGGUUAAAGUUUGGAUCACUUAGAUUGUAGAUUGUUUUUAGCUUAAAUUGAUUGUAUUCUGAAAUGUGUAGUAUUUUAUAUAAGCUGAGAAGAGUUGAAAUGAAAUAUUUUGGAGAAUCCAAGACUUCCCAAAAACAACAAUUUUGUUUGACAGACAAACUUAAAAUCGGGGUAAGUGUAACCCAUAUUUUUUUUGUGCUUAUUAUAAUUACAUGUCAGACAAUCUUGCAUGCAUGCAGUGGUCAUAUUUUAAGUGCGUUUGUAUUAGACUUGCUUUUAAACUCAUAUUUUAAUAUUAAAUUAAGUUUGAUUAUCAUUGUUUAUUUUAGAGAAACUGUUACAGUUUGUGAGAAACAGCUUGUUUUUUUUUUGAGCUGUCUCCAUUGGUGAAAAAUCAAUGAAGGUAUUGUUUGUAUGCCAGAUUGUUUUAGGAAGCUGUACUAAUAACUGGAAUUAGUAAUUCAGUAUCUCAUUAUUCUUGAGUAAAUGUAUGUUUGACAAUAUAUGUUUGACAAUACCAGUAAUUAUGAAACUAAUUAUUACAAUACGCUGAAGCGGUACUUUACUUUUUAUUUUUCUUACAGGUUUAGUUUGUUUUGUGGCCAAAAUUAUUUGUCCAACACAGACAAGGAGAUGAUUUGUGUAAUGUUUGUAUGUGUGGUCAACCAAUAAAUGACUUAAUCACUGUUA